AUAUUUAUGGAUGAGUUAAAUUUUACCCACAUAACUUUGACUGGAUACAUAGAGCUGAAUAAAUACAAAUACCUUUAUUUUUCUGUUUUGUUUACAGUGUAUGUUUUGAUCAUAUGCAGCAAUGCUACUAUUGUAUAUCUUAUCUGGAUUCACGAAAACCUCCAUGAGCCGAUGUACAUUUUUAUUGCAGCUUUGUUAACUAACUGUGUUCUCUACAGCACAACUGUUUACCCAAAACUUUUGAUUGACUUUUUAUCUGAAGAACCAAUAAUCUCAAUCUCAAGUUGUCUUUUACAGUUGUUUAUGUUUUAUUCUGUUGGGGGCACAGAGUUCUGGUUGUUAGCAGUGAUGGCAUUUGACAGAUAUGUAUCAAUCUGUAAACCUCUGAGAUAUUCAGCCAUAAUGAGAAAAUCAACUGUUAAAGUUCUCCUGGUUCUGGCUUGGAUUGUACCUGCUUGUCACAUUGCACCAGAGGCAAUACUGAGUGCCUACACUAAAAUAUGUCACUUCAAUUUAAGUGGAAUAUUUUGUAAUAAUGCAAUUUUUAAACUUCAGUGUCUAAAACCAAAAUCACUCACUGUUUUAGGGGUUGUUGCCUUAAUUGAUCUGGUCAUACUUCCUAUGCUUUUUACGUUUUUUACUUAUACAAAGAUAUUUGUGAUAUCUUAUCGGAGUUGUAAGUCAUUUAGGAGAAAGGCUGCUGAGACGUGCGUACCCCACCUGAUCAUUUUAAUAAGCUUCUCCUAUUUGGCUGUGUAUGAUGUAACUAUAGCAAGAAUGGAGUCCAAUUUUCCAAAACCUGCUAGAUUAAUAAUGACUCUGCAAAUAGUUCUGUAUCACCCUUUGUUCAAUCCAAUUAUAUAUGGACUGAAAAUGAAAGAAAUUUCUAAACAUUUAAAAACA